AUGAUCCAAGAAUUAGCAAGACCUGUUUUAGAAGCAGCACGAAAUAUUCAGUUUAAUCUAAAAUUAUUGGAUGACAAAAAGAAUGAAUUUGACGCAAAACCAAUAAAUCAAAAUGAUAGUGUUAUUCCACACGUUGAACUCAUUCGUGAGCCACUCCAAUAUCCUCGAACAGUAUGUACGAACUCAACAUGCGUGAAAUAUGUAAAAACUCGUGAAUUCGAUGUAAUUGAUUAUUCUACCGUGUGUCAUGAUCCAUACUAUUUACGUAAUGUUAAACAUGAUACAAUCAAUAAUCCCGCUAUACAAUCAUGUGAGAUUAUGACACUGGCUACGAAACAAUGUCGAAAACGUAAAUGUCCAUGGAAUUAUCACAUGCACAUUUCUUAUAGAACAAAACAAGAAGUGCAUUACGAAGUAAUUAAAGGGCAAGUAGGAGUUGAUCCAGGUCGCGAGCUGGUUAAAAGAAUGAAGGCAUUACGAGAAGAACAAGAAACACUCAUAAAAAUUUCUGCUGUACUCAUUCAGUUUUUGAAAACGAACUCAAUAACAGCAUUUAAUGAUCCAUUCAUUGAUUACAUGAAUUAUUUUGUAAAUGAAGAAAGAUUGAAACAUAGUAUGGGUGCAAACAAUCAAUACGUUUUGAAUGGUCUGGAAAAACUAAAAGGUUUAUAUCUUCAAAAACUUCAAUCGCCAAUGAAUCCCAGUAAAAAAGACAUUUCGGAUUUAUUAGAAACAUUGUAUAAUUUACUAUUCAAUGGUUCUUCGAUAAAAGAUCAAGUAAAUUCGAUAAAGAACAUACAAGUGAAGGAGAUAGAAAAGAACGAAAAAUUGAUUUAUGCUCAUCAACAACCUGAGAAAGAUAUUAUUGUCACAAAAUUAAACGCAUUAUUUUCUAACAGUCGAAAUUAA